CAGCUACCAAUGAAAAACUGCUGUAAUUCGUGGUUGAAAUGGUGAAGAACUGGAUUUAAGCGACGUUUUUCCAGAAAAACUAGAAACAUCCUUUUGUCAGCAAUAAUCGAACACAUUCAUACCAAAAAUUUGCUGCACUUGUUCCAGAUCACCGAACUAUUGAACCUCGACGUAAAUAAAAACGUAUUUAUUGCAUUACGUUUAAUACAAGUCGAAAAGAAAUUUGCUACUGAAUUAUACUUACCACUGUAAGCUUGAAUUUAGUUUAGGAUCCUGAAAGAAAUCAACAUUAAUAACAACGCCCAGCGUAUUUCAAGGGAAAUCUAAAAGUGAAGUUAUAUAAUCUGAAUAAGUGCUAAAAAAUGCGUGCACAUUUGAAACAAAAUUCACUAAUAUAACAUCUGCUGAACUCAAAAAGUAAAAAAAAAAUUAAAUUGCAAUGCUUAAAUAUAUCAGCAAAAGCAUGUGCGUAUACAUUACGAGCACACAGGUAUAUCUUCAAAUAUAGAUAUACUUAUACGUUAUAUUCAAACAUCUUUUUAAAAUAUUCCCAUCUGUAAAUUUUACGGCGAGAAGUGAAGAGGCAAAUAUCUUAAUUCCGCUAAGAACAACAUAAGUUGGAUCUUCAGUUUGAAAAUUUCGCUCGUGACACUUUAGAUUCAAAUAUAUAUAGAAGGAUACUCUGGAGCCAUGAUAUCUAAAUUCAGAACGUUUGGAUCAAAGUUAUUUUCUUCAUUAAAGGAAUCUGUCACCUGAAAUAUAAUUGAGGGUUGAAGGUACUGAAUAACUUACAACCAUACCAAAAGCAAAUAUGUUAUCAAUAUUACUUGUGACAAUGUAACGCUUUCAAACAAGCAACUUCACUUUACACAGAUAUUCAAUAAUUGAAAUACACAAUUGUUUGAUCAGAAAAUAAAUCUAAAAAGAAGUAUGGUGACGGUGAAGUUGUACACAACCAUAAGCCUUCCAUUGGCAUCUUCGACAAUGCAUCCGAAUGGAAGCAAUAACUCUCUCGCAAAUAUACAAGGGGCUGGGACACAAUUCGCUUGGACACACGUGGUAGUAGCACUUAUAUUAAGCUUUACCAUCAUUGGUACCAUAAUAGGCAAUUCGUUAGUAUGCAUUGCUGUUUUUAUGGUAAGAAAAUUACAAACACCAUCUAAUUUUCUUAUUGUUUCACUCGCUGUGUCAGAUUUAUUUGUAGCACUAUUCGUAAUGCCGCUAGCACUACUUUAUGAACUUACGAAACAGUGGCACCUUGGUGACGAACUUUGUGAUGCUUGGACAUCUUUGGAUGUCAUGCUUUGUACAGCAUCAAUUCUGAAUUUGUGUAUUAUCAGUGUCGAUCGUUACUGUGUUAUUACUCGGCCGCUUACGUAUGCAAUAAAACGAACACCAAAACGGAUUGCAUGGCUCAUUACUCUUGUAUGGCUACUCUCUGCCUUGAUAUCAAUUCCUCCGUUAUUUGGAUGGAAAACAGUGCGGAACCCGCUGGAAUGUGGCUACAGCCAGGAACUUGGUUAUCAAAUAUAUGCUACUGUUGGGGCAUUUUAUCUACCUUGUACAAUUAUGAUCAUAGUCUAUUAUAGAAUAUGGAAAGUAUCUGAUCGAAUUAGUCGUGAAGAGAUUCAAUCUCACAGAGUAGGCCAAGAUACAUAUAUUCCGUAUUCAAAUCGUCCCAAAUACUCUAGCGGUAGUUGUGAUACGCAUUUAUUCCCUAAUGGUUCGCUUCAUUCUGGUAAAGAAGACGAUAAUGAUCACCAAAGUCGUCGAGAAAGAAGAUUUACUCUCAGAACUUUACUGACGAAAAGAAAUAAAUCAACGUGCACAAAGGAAACGAAAGCAACUAAAACACUUGGAGUUAUCAUGGGGGGCUUCAUUGCUUGUUGGCUACCUUUCUUUAUCUUGGCUCUUGUUAACCCGGUCUGUAAUACCCUCAAACUGACAUGCCCAAUACAUCAAGUGGUAUAUAGUAUAUUCCUUUGGCUAGGCUAUUUCAAUUCUUUCAUGAAUCCUUUAAUAUAUGCCCGUUUUAACCGAGAAUUCCGGAAACCAUUUAGAGAAAUAUUAUGCUUUCGAUGUCGUGGUAUUAAUAUGCGCUUAAGAGAGGAGAGUUAUGCAGCACAGUUUGGACCCGAUCCGCAAUUCAAUAUGACAAAUCGAUGCAGCCUUCGUAUUCCAAAUGAUUCAAUUGUCCGAUAUAACAGUCAUGGUCAAACAUUAGUACAUGUUGGUAACGGGUCUACAGCAUCAGAUGGGGAAUCAAAGUUAUAAUUUCACUAAUACAAAAAGUGUAUUACAUUUCAUAUAACAUGCAGCAUAUAGUAUGGAGUAUUAUAUGACAUUUUAGCGCAUUUCAUAGGUAGAAAACAUUAUUGAAACCUAUGUAAGAAUUCCUUGUAAAACAAAAAAUAAAAACAAUAAGCAAAACAGAAAAAUGAAUAAAAACUCCAACCACUGAAAGUAAAUUUGCAUUUUACUCAUC